AUAACUCCGGCUCCAAAUGCUCUGCUCUGCCUUUGCCGGGACUUGGUGGCUGGUGAAGUGGCCUCUCUCUCCUGCUCUCUGGCUUCAGGAGAUGGGCAGCUCCUCAUGGCCUCCCUUACAAGGCGGGCGUGUUGCGGUUUCGUGUAAUCGCAGGAGAUUCUUUCUACUUCACUUCUCGGAGCACGUCAGGAUUCCAGAAUGAAUCAGAUCCAUUCCAAUGGGCCCUUUUUCAAGGACCACAAAGGCUUCCUUUAUGAUAGAGGUAACAGCGGCCUGCAGGCCCUUGAGCUUCUACAAUGUCAAUCCCGUGAGAACUCAACCGGACCUUCAGGAUCAGUUGAGACUUUGGCUGAUGUCCCCCAGCACAUCCUCAAAGGGCUCCCGGAGGAAGUGAGGCUCCUCCCGUCCACUGUGGACAAGGCCCGGCUUGGUGUCUGGGCCACAAAGCCCAUUUUCAGAGGCAGGAAGUUUGGCCCCUUCGUUGGCGACAAGAAGAAAAGGUCCCAAGUCAAAAGCAAUGUGUACAUGUGGGAGGUCUAUUACCCAAACUUGGGGUGGAUGUGUGUGGACGCCACGGACCCGGCGAAGGGGAACUGGUUGCGUUAUGUGAACUGGGCUCGAUCAGGAAAGGAGCAGAAUCUUUUCCCGUUAGAAAUCAAUCGGACCAUUUACUACAAAACAUUAAAGCCAAUUGAGCCCGGGGAUGAGCUCCUGGUCUGGUACAAUGGGGAGGAGAACGCGGAGAUAGCAGCUGCCCUGGAGGAAGAGAGGGCCAGCCACCACCGCAGCAAGAGGAGGAACUCCCCCAAGGCCAAGAAAGCAAAGAAAAAACCCCAGGAGACUAAAAACAAAGGAAAGAAAGCCAGGGAUAAAAAGCGGAAGCCUCCUUUGGAAGGUCUGGAUUUGACCCCUUUCGACAUGAGGGAGACCAAGGAAGGCCAAAAGCUGGAGGAUGAAGCCCCAACUGUUUCCGUGGUGUUGCCCCUUGACCAGGCCGCCAUCAUCCAGGAGAUGGUGAAUCAAGAUGUACUCCCCAGCCUACUCAUCUCCAGCGUGGCCUGUGAGCUUCCCGCCACACCUGAGGACCAGCCGGAAGUCCUCCUAUGUGGAUCAAAAGUUUCAGAAGAGGAUCCUGAGCGGCGGGAAGAGCAGGAUGAGGAAGAAGAGCAGGAGCCACUGGAAGAAGCGGGAGAGGAAGAAGACGAGGAAGAGCCUCAGGAGGAGGAAGAGGAGGACGAGGAGAGCUUAUUGAAAGAAAAUCCAGAUGUGGAAUCAGGAUCAGUGUGUGGGGACAGGCUGGUGGAGUCUGUGGAGGAGCAAAGCAGUCUCUCCGAAGACUCCCCCGAAAGCUCCCCCAAGAAAAAGCCCUCAGGGAAAUGUCCCAAGACAAGGGGGGAGCCCAGCACCCAGGGGGUGCCCAUGUUUCCCUGCCAACACUGCGAAAGGAAGUUCACCACCAAGCAGGGCCUGGAGCGCCAUGUACACAUCCACAUUUCGGCCAUCAGCCACGCCUUCAAGUGCCGCUACUGUGGCAAGGCCUUCGGCACGCAGAUCAACCGUCGGCGCCACGAGCGGCGCCAUGAGGCCGGGCCCAAACGGAAGCUGCUCUCACCCUUGGCCUCUGCCCAGCUACCCGGGGCCAGCCCUCUGGUUGCCGACGGGGGCAUUCAGAAUGAAGCCAAGGCCAGGCAGGAGGGCCCUGCCCCAGAGGCCGAGAGAGCCACUUCCAAAACACCGUCCCCUUCACUGCCUUUGGAGGAGAGCAAGGAGCCCAAGGAAUCGCAUCCGUGCCAGUACUGCAGGAAGGUCUUUGGCACCCACACCAACAUGCGUAGGCAUCAGCGGAGGGUCCACGAGCGGCACCUCAUCCCCAAAGGUGUCAGGAGAAAACCAGAGGAGCCCCAGGCUUCCGUGUGCCCAGCCCAGCAAACCCCCAGCACGUACCUGGCUAGCACAGACCUGGAGGAAGAGGAGGAGGAAGAGGGUGAGGCCGACGACGUCAUGGACGUCUCCAGCAACAUCUCAGAGAAUCUCAACUACUACAUUGAUGGCAAGAUCCCGUCCAAUAGCAGCACCAGCAACUGUGAGGUGAUUGAGGUAGAGCCCAGCGCCACUGAAGUCUACGGCAUCAACUGCCUGCUGAGUCCCGUGACAGUGGAGAUCUCUCCCAACAUCAAGGCGGUGCCAGUACAUCUGGUGGAGGAGUCGAAGGAGCCCCCUGUCGGCGGGACCCCCGAGGCCAAAAAGAGAAGAACAGCGAGCCCCCCACUGCUGGCCAAGGUGAAGACGGAAACGGAUCCGGAACCCAUCACCUCACUGUGUUCCUUGACGAUUCCCCUCACCAUAUCGACCGUGGAGAGCCUGCCCUUCCCCAGAGAGAAAAGUGUUUAUUUAUCCUCCAAGCUGAAGCAGCUUCUUCAGACGCAGGACAACAAUAAGGUGGCCCCAUCCCCGCCAUUGCCAGCGGGGGAGAUCCCAAAGCUGGGGCUCCCUGCAAUCUCCUCCCCUCUCCUCCCGGCCACCUCGAGCAGGUUCAAGCGGCGCACCAGCUCCCCGCAGCAUAGUCCGGGCCUUCGCGACCCCGGCAAAGCUGGCGAGGGCAAGCCCUCUUGGACUGAGGCGGCCCUGAGUGCGAAGCCUCCCAAGCUGGAGAGACGGAGCAACUCCCCCACAUGGAGCCUGUCUGGGAGAGAAGAGAGGGAAGUGCUGAGUCCAGAAGAAUACAAGGUCUCCAGGGAGUGGGCGCCAAGCCCCCCCUUCGGGAAUGUGUGCAAUCAGCAGCCCUUGGACCUAUCCAGCAGCGUGAAGCAGCGGUCGAAUGGAAAGAACCGGGCCCAGGCGUCCUGGGAGUCCGUGCUGGACCUCAGCAUGCAGAGGAAGCCAUGCAGCGAUGGUGAGGGCAAGGAGGUGACUCUGCCAGCAGGGGGCGCUGUCAAGAAGAAGCCCACCACCUCCAUGUUGCAGAAGGUUCUGCUCAAUGAAUACAAUGGGACGGGCUUGGGGCCGGAAAACCCCUCCCCGGACACGAGCCCAAGGCCGAAUGCCUGCCAGGUAGCCGAAGCCCCAGAGCCACAGCCUGGCCCGGCUCCCCCAGCCCCUGGGGCAGAAUCGGGCUGCUCUGGCCUCACCGCCACUGAGGUGCCUUUGCUGCCAUCCUCGACCUGCCCGGCACCAUCGGCCUCUCCCUCUCAUCCUCCAUGCCCUCCCAUGCUCCAGGCCCCCACGCCUCCCCCUCCUCUCCUUCCCACUGUUCCUUCACCACUCCCAGAAGACCCCAGCAGCAGCCCCCCAAGCUCCUGCCCCUCUCCCCUGUCCAAUGCCACAGCUCACUCCCCACUGCCCAUCCUUUCCCCAACUGUCUCGGCCUCCCCUCUUCAUUCUCUAGAGCCUCUCGGCUGUGCUUCACCCGGGCCACCCACUCUGUCUUCCUCCUCCUCUUCCUCCUCCCCUUCCCCCUCCUCUUCUUCCUCCUCCUCUUUCUCUUCCUCUUCCUCUUCUGCAUCACCAUCCUCCUCUCCUUCCCCGCCUCCCCUCUCAGUGGUCUCUUCCAUCCUCUCUCCUGGCGACCAGCUGGAGAAUUCAGCCCCCCUGGUGACUUUCAAGCAAGAAGAGGGAGAGGCCGUGGGUCAGAGGCUGAGGGAGGACCCCCACCCCUCCAGCGCGGCAGAGGCCGUCCAGGAAACCUUCAGCAAGAGCUUUGUGUGCAACGUCUGCCAGGCCCCCUUCCUCGCCAUCAAGGACCUCACCCGGCACCUGUCCGUUCAUGCCGGGGAGUGGCCCUUCAAGUGCGAGUUCUGCGUCCAGCUCUUCAGGGAGAAGGCGGCCUUGUCGGAGCACCGGUUCCUGCUCCAUGGGGUGGGGAGCAUCUUCGCCUGCUCCGCCUGCAAGAAGGAAUUUGCUUUUCUAUGCAACCUCCAGCAGCACCAGAGAGACCUGCACCCUGACAAAGAAUGCAGCCACCACCAGUUCGAGAGCGGGACUUUGCGCCUGCAGAAUUUCACCGAUCCUAGCAAAGCCAGCGUGGAGCAGAUGCAGAGCCUGCCCAAUGCUGCCACCCUGCAGCCCUCCAAGGAGGAGGAGGAGGAGGAGGAGGAGCUGAACGACUCCUCUGAAGAGCUCUACACCACCAUCAAAAUCAUGGCGGCCGGGGUCAAGCAGAAGGACCCUGACGUCCGCAUGGGCCUAAACCAGCACUACCCCAGCUUUAAGCCACCCCCAUUCCAGUAUCACCACCGGAACCCCAACGGCAUCGGGGCCACGGCCACAAACUUCACCACUCACAACAUCCCCCAGACCUUCUCCACCGCCAUCCGCUGUACCAAGUGUGGGAAGAGUGUGGACAACAUGCCCGAACUGCACAAGCACAUCUUGGCUUGUGCCUCUGCCAGUGACAAAAAGCGGUACACGCCGAAAAAGAACCCUGUGCCCCUGAAGCAGGCCAUCCGCCCUAAAAACGGGGUGGUUUUGCCCGGCCUGGCCGGUAACACCUUCCGCCGUGUGGGCCAGCCCAAGCAGCUCGACUUUGGUGUGGAGGCCAGCCGGGCAGCCUCCAACAAGCUGAAGCUCAGCGCCCUGAAGAAGAAGCAGCAGCUGGUCCAGAAGGCCAUCCUGCAGAAGAAGAAGUCGCAGCAGCAGCAGCAGCGGGCAGAGCUCAGGACUGGCAGCGCAGAGCCCAGUGCCCACAUCUGCCCCUACUGCAGCCGGGAGUUCACCUACAUUGGGAGCCUGAACAAGCAUGCCUCCUACAGCUGCCCCAAGAAGCCCCCUUCCUCCUCCUCCUCCUCCUCCUCCUCAAAGAAGAAGGCCAAGAAGAAAGGGGGGGGCUCGUCUCCUGGCAGUGGCAAGAGUGGCGCCAACCCCCGUCGGCGAACAGCCGACACCGAGAUCAAAAUGCAGGGCUCUGCCGCUCAGCUGGGCAAGACUCGCGCCCGCACCUCAGGGCCUGCGGCCGUCCAGCUGCCUUCCGCCUCCUUCAAGUUGAAGCAGGGCGUCAAGUUCCCCAAAAAGGGCCACCCUCCUCCACCUGCGUCCAGAAGCGUGGGCCCGGCGAGAGUGGGCAAGGCGGUCCUGCCAGAGGGGAAGCGGAGCAAGGGGGCCGCCAAGAGCGGGGGACCCUCCCCUGGAUUGCUGGGCAAAGCCUCACGCAAGCUGCACAUCCGCAUCCAGCGCGGCAAGGCAGCCCUGGCUGGCCAAAGGAAGGCUGCCAACCGGUUCAGUGCCAAGUCACGGGAGAGGGUGGGGGGGCCCAUCACCCGGAGCCUGCAGCAGCAGCAGGCCACCUCUGCAGAGGCCACGGAGGCCCGAAGGGAGGAGAGCACCGCCCGGCCAGAGCUUAAGGACUCCAGGAGCCUCCCUUGAGGAGACCUCAACAGACGAACCCUCCAAAUGUGUAAAUGAGUUUUUCCUGGUCAGGGGCUCAGCCCGCCUGACGUCUGGAACAGCAGCAGGAGGAGGAGGCGAAGGAGGAGGAAAGCGGAGGCUCCAUCCUCCCACCAGGCAGAGCCGAGGAUGCUGGGGCAGUUGCCGACAGGCUCACCGCAGAGCCGGCCUCAGUUGCCACCACCACCACCAUCAGCCAAGCCUGGCGAUUCUUAGCUGCAGAGAAAAGACCUUUCUAUGGAAUGAGGUUGCCCCUCUUCUCCCCUGGCAGCCCUGGGGUUUUUACAAAGGACUCGGUCAAGUUCCACGGGAGCAAAUGCCACCUUUGCUUGGGCACCUGGCUUUCCCCUGGCGCAGUAAGGAGGGAAGCAGAUUAAAAACUCAGCGGGAGGAGGGAGGAGUUUUGCCAAACAUGCUGGGAGCAACGCUCGUCAGAAGGCCCCGGGCAAGUAUCAGGGAUGACAAAAGUGUUUGCAUGGCACCCAAAAUAAGUUUCGGUCCACCACUCUGCAAAGGCCUUGGUGUCAGGCCAGCUGGUGGGAAAAGACCGCCAGGGACCCCCUUCCUUCCUCAACCUCACCACCUCUUCCCUGCUGGCUUUGGUCCCAGCCGCUGCUUUUCACCCCUUGGGAGGGGGGGAGCAGGAAGGACGCUAGUGGGCGAAACGUUUCCCUGUCCCAAAUUCCCUUGGGCUGGAUGAGACACGUCCGCGGUUUGGUGGUGGAUGACCAGCUCCCCGCAGAAGACGGUGCAGCCCCCAGGAGAGGCCGUCCAUCGGGGGGGGGGCACAGCAGAGUGGGCAAGAGCCCCCUCUUUUCCCCCUUGUUGUAAAGCAGAACUGAAUCGUGCCCACAAUUUAUUAUUUUUUUCGCAAAGAGAGGCGGUUCCCUUUUUCCCCCCCAACCUUGCCUUUCCAUUUGGAUGAACAACAAUGACUUCAUUUGACUUUUCUUUCCCCCCCCCCCGCCCAUAUUUUAAAGUUACUUGUCCUUGACUUAAAAAAGAAAAGUGAUCUACCUCUUAAAAUCUGAAGUUUUGAUAUUGCUUUGGCAACUUCAUGCCACUUGAACCACCUCUCGCUAUCAUUCCCUUUUGUCUUUUGGUUGCGUUUCUUCCGAUUCAUGGGGGACAUCUACACCCAACAGUUGUAUAAAGCAUUCGUAGCAAGUUUGGAAAUUGGGGGGGGGAUAAAAUAUUUAAAAUUAUUUAAAUUGUUUUUGACACUUCAGUUGUAUUAUAUGUGAUUUACAUUUUACAUUAAUUUGUUUAUGUGGGAGAUAAGAGGGUCUUUUUUCUGAAGAUGGCUCUUGUAUUAAAGUUUGCUGUUCUGUAGUUCAUUUCCCCCCUUUUCUUUUUCUUUCUUUCUUGUUGGAGAGUGAUGCAAAGACUAUUCUAUUAAAAACAUUAAAAUUUCCAAUUUGCCAUACAAAA